UUUUAAUAAACACGUCUAAUUGUUGUACUAACACCAAUGUCAGUGGAAUCGCUCCAAGUGGUCCUAUCAGCGGAUUUUACAGACGUUCGGAUAAACCGGUUAUAUUGCGUUUUCCAUGUACCCAGUGUGUACGCAAUCUGUUGGAUUGAUGACGUUUGAAACAAAGUUUUUCCAGCUGGAUGUGAACCACAAACGUCCUCCCAAAAUACAACGAACGGCUUUACUAACACACAGAAAGUGAGAAAGAAUCUAUCGAACGACGCGAACUAUACUAAUAGCCUCACUCAGAAAAGAAGACAAAUAUUCCUGUCUGGAUAUAGGCAUUGCAAAAAUCCCACGUAGAAAUAGACGAACUAUAGUUGUAAGCCUGCGAACAAAACGCACGCGCUGUUAGAACAGGUAUAGAACCAAAUUUUGAGAGUGCCAAAGACACAGAAGGGACCAUGCAUGGAGGCAAAAAGCGCGGUCCACCAAAGCACUUGGAGAAGAUGUUAUUUACUAAUCACAAGGAAGAUCAACUAUUGGACUGUCGUCUGCAAGAUCUCAAAGUGCAGGCGAGACUGCGCCUGAUCGAACUUGACCUGGAACGAGUGAAGGUCACAAAGGAGUUGCGAAAGAGUCGAAAGAAGCAAAUAACUAUUAAUGAGGCUAUACUCUCCGGUUUAAUACCGAGGGAUGACAAUUUUUUCGCCAAGAAAAUAAAUGACGGUCGCGACGUCAUAGGUGACGUCAAGAGAGGGGCAUCCAAGUCAGCCUCGCUUCCGAGAAAGCUAGUGGCGCCAAAUGCUCAGCUAAUAUCCAGAAGUACAUCAUUCAUACAGCCGCCUCGGGAGCGUUCUCGUGUAUCAAUUCCAAACCAGUUUUCGAGGCAAUCCACGAUACCAGAAGAACACGAAGAAUGCGUGGCCAAUGACAACGGCAUGGAUUUCCGAACAGGGGUUAGCAGUAGUUCUGUUGGGGCGUAUGUUUUAGAGGAAUUCGAGAAGAUUUCGCAGGUGGUGCCAGAGAUUCUUAGAGCGCUUGCCAAAAAGAAAGAACAGCAACAGGAAUCGGACGAAAUGGCGCGUCUCAGAGAGUUAAGGAAGGAAAAAGAUCUCGAAGCAAUUAUUGCUGAAGAUGAGGAUUAUGUGCCGGAUAUGAAUAAGGUGAGAAAGACGGUCAGCGCGGUAAAGACGCUGCGCCAGAGAAUGAGCUUGAGUAAAAAGUUGGAAAUGUCGAAGAAACAUAAACCGCUGGAGGAAAUGAUACGGGAAAAGACCGAGAGUAUUAAGGAGACUGAACAUACCGAAUACACGGACGGGACCUGCGCGCUCAUGAAACGUCGUCUGGAAAAGAAACGCAGAGAAUCGGCGCCGUUCGCACUGGAUCCGUCGUACAUGCAGCGGCGGUCGUCUGGUCCGAGUGCAGACGCCUUGCUGUGUCGGAGGGCGUCUGUAGCACCGGAAAUGCUGAACAGACGAUCGUCGUUGUCGGUGACGCAACUUCCGGGAACAAUGAGACGCAGCAUGACGACACUGAGUUUGACGUCGAUAAACAAACCCAGCAGUUCCGCUUUCGGUGAUGCCAGUGAAGGGUCACAGUUUAUAGACGAGGACACGUUACUAAAUCGCCAAAGAGUUAUGAAAGAGGUGCAAAAAUACAGGGCCUUACAAACACGUGUUGAGAACUUUGUUACCAGCACACGUUAUUUGUGCCCACCGACAAACGUAUUUGUCGUACCGAUAUAAAAGCUAUUUAGAAUGAACUUCCUAUAAUAUAAAACUUACCGCGAUUGUAUUUGUGGUUUAUGACACAAAAUUGAAUGUUGUAUUCAGUACAAUAACAUAGUGCACUACUCACACCACACUCGCCUAGUUGAUUGACACAUCGGUCGCGGGCUCAUGAUCAAAACUCGAAGGCACAGAAUACUGGUGAAAAAUGUGAAGUAUAUUAAAAGGUGUGAAAGUAGGGAUUUUGAAACAUAUUUAUAAUGCAAAUCAUGUUGAUUUUUUAUGAACACUAUUAUUACAACCGUACACCGAUGUAUGCACUAGCAAGUGGCAUGUUUAUUACGAUUUUCCAGUUGUUAGUUAAUUUGUUAUAUAACAUUGCAAUAUUAAAGUAUGAACAUGA